AGAAGGCAGCGGAUGGCGGCGGCGGGGCCGGUGGGGGGAUGGAGGGCGGCGAGACGGGCGGCGGUGGGCUUUUGCAGCAGAUCCUCAGCCUCCGCCUGGUGCCGCGUGUGGGCAAUGGCACCACUACCUACUCCAGCCCACUCUCCACCUUCCCAGAGAUGUGGUAUGGUGUCUUCCUGUGGGCGCUCGUCUCCUCCCUCUCCUUCCACGUCCCAGCCGCUUUGCUAGCGCUCUUCACGCUGAGGCAUCACAAGUAUGGCAGGUUCAUGUCCGUGAGCCUCCUGCUGAUGGGCAUCGUGGGACCCAUUACCGCCGGCAUCUUAACGAGUGCUGCCAUUGCUGGAGUUUACAGAGCUGCGGGGAAAAAAAUGAUUCCCUUUGAAGCCCUCAUUUUAGGAGUGGGCCAGACAUUCUGCGUGGUGGUGGUUUCAUUUCUCCGCAUUUUAGCCACUCUCUAGCUCUUUCUCAGACACUAGAGAUCACAGGUUGAAGGAAGGGCAAAGGAUCUGCCACUUGUGCCACCUCUGAAGCAGAUCAGAAGGGAGCGCAACUUGAGGCAUGCCCAGUAUGCACUUCUCCACUGGUUAAAGGAUACACAAAGGCCUGCUUCUACCUCCAGCGGGGCUUAAAAUUAAGCUAAAAAUUGUUAAUUUUGUUACUUUUUGGUAACAUUAAGUGCCAAGUGAAACUUUAUUUCUCUGGAGGAUAGGAAAAAGGGCUUCCAGAGGAAGAGGCCCACGUACCUUUUACCAGUGAUGAAUUGCAGCAACAGGACAUAAUUAAGAUGUGACAUGGUCUGGUUUUGGGUAGAAUCAGUGCUAGAGGGUGGUGUGAUGUCUUUGGAGCAUGCUUAAUGCUUUGACUUCCUGCUGCUUUGUUUGCAGUGAAUCUGAAGCUCUUUUAAUGUGAAUUUUUUAAAUGACAGACUUAAUUUGUUUUCUUCCUGGCCCCAACUUUCUCAUACCAGGUCUUGGUCAUAGUGAAUUUGGGAGCAGCAAAAGGAAAAAACAUUUUAGACAGAUGAAAGUGAAAAUUUGCAGCCAAGAGCUGUGACUAUGAAUGCUGCGGCGGCAGGGGAAAUAACCAGCGUAAAGAGGAUCACUGGUUUUGUGAAUUUUAUUACAGUGAAGCUCUUCAGGCACUGUAUACCUUCUGCCUGAGCGGUGAAGCGCAGCUGAACGAGCGUGAUGCCCCACUGCCCAGGCUAGAAAUCCCCAGGGAGGUGUGUGAGUGUGCGCUGUUGCUUCUCAGGCUCUGAAGGGGGCUCAUAUUUUUAAACUUCUCCGUUCUCCUUUUACUUGCUGAACAUGUUUACGUUGGGGUGGCGGAUUUGGGCAUCUUCACUAAUAUGUAAACGUCACUGGCUGGCUUAUAUAAAAUUCAGCAGGCUGCUGCUUUGGUGACUGUGCUGGUGAGAGCUGCACGGCCGGCGUUGGGUUGUUGCUGGUGAGAACUACACACUGGUGUUGGGUUGUCGUGACUCAGGCCUUCCCUGGUGUGGAGGUGGGGAGCACACUGUGUUUUCGGCACCCAGCCCGCAGCAUGCCAGUGAGCGAGAUGCCUGCGAGGGUCCCAGGAAAAGCCCGGGGGAUUCCUGUGUCUGUCAGGGACGAGCCAUGUGAACAUAGCCCCAUGCUGACCCUUACUGGCAGGCAGUAAGGUGUCCUCUAAUGAAUUGUUUUAGUUUGUUUUAAGAGUCUUUUAACUAACUCUUAGCUCAGCCCUCUUGCCUGGAAGCCUGCCCGACAGGUGGGGCUCUUGGGUAGCUGGCUGGGCACUUUCUGGGGGCUUGGAUUUUUGGGGCCCUUGGGGACACUGAGGCCCAAUCCCAAGGAUGCAGCUGGGCAGUGCAGCCAGCCCGGCGGCUUUGCUGAGGUCCUUGUUCAUUUAUUACCAGCUGACAGUCGUGUGGGCUGCUGAGGGAAGGUGCCCUCUACAUCCAGCCUCCCAGGACACACGUCCCAUCUCUGUUUUUGCUGAACUUUGGUUUCCAAACCAGCUCGCCUUUUGUAGCUGCAGCAUUUCCUAAGGCUAGUUAUAUUGUGUGAACCCCAUGUCUUCUGUGCUGAAACAACCCUCGACAGGGCCAUGUGUUUAUCAUGAAAAAUAAUUUCUCUCUAUGUACUAACUUCUCCGCAGUGGCCUGUUGACAUCUGAUGGAGAGAGGUGUUUUCCAGGAGACACUUACUGAGACUACUCUAAACUUUAGCCUGUGUUAAUUCAGGGAAUAAAGGUGUGCAUUUUAGGAGAGACUUCAGUGUGAAUCCUCCAUAGGUGGGUGAGGUCCAAGCGGUAUAAUGUGUACUAAACUCUGGAUCUUCAGAGUGCCCCGUGUGCUGUGCUGUUAGCAGCAAGCCGGUCUUCCUACCACCUGGUCCUCCGGGGGAAGGUUGGGCCUCUCCUUCCCUCUUUGCUUCUACCCCCAGUGGAAAAGCAGGAAUAAUGAUCUCUCUAGAUGUCUUUCCCCCUUCCAACUUCUUAUUUCAAAUAGCUGCAUACACAGCGUGUGCCCAGAGUGCCUGGAUUAAUUCACAUGAAUUAUCCUGCGUUUUCCUGGAUGGAUUAAAAGUCCCUUGUGAGACUUAGACUGGGCAGGUCUUACCUUUCAGGUGAAGCGAGAAACCAGUGUCCUGGGCACCUGCUGCACUCCCCUUUCCCGCUGCCCCAGUGCCUGGCAUCCCUCAGGAACAAGGACUAAGCUGAUUACAACUGGGUAAGCACUUUAUCGGUGUGCCACGUGCUGUGGCACGAGGAUGGUUCCUCUGCAGUAAUGGGGCUGAGGCACGCAGGGGACAAAUCUGGGCUGUUAAGAGCUGAGAACAAAUUAAAAAAAAGAAGAAAAUAUCACUCAAUGCUGGGCAAACUGAAAACCUCCUCUUUUCUACCCACUGUGAUCUCCCAAAGUCCGUUUUGAGGGGAGAGGUCUGCUUCACGUGAAAUAUUGGCAGCUCAGCCACUGUUUGGAAGUGGAGUGGUUGGAGCUGGCAGUGCGCCUCUGUGCCCAGGCACCGGGAGAUUUUCAGGGAAUUCUUGCAUAAAAGGUGAACAAUCAGCUGCUGACUUGUCUGGACAGGUAUUAGCGCUGGCAGAGAGUUCUUAGUGUCACUUCAGUACUCUCAGAGCAUCCUCCGCCCGUCGGCUGCCUCCCCGACCUCCCUCUCCAGUAAAACCAGAUCCAGGAUGGGAAGGGGGUGUAGGUUUGAGUUGAUGCACCAGAUCGGUCAUUGCCGCUUGUAGUUUCCUCUCCUCUCAUCACCGCGGUUUGGUCUUCCCUUUGUGUUCCUUACACUGAGUGAGGCGCGCAGAGGAAUUCCAUCGGUUUUCAGCAGGUGUCAGUAGACUUUGCUUAGUCAAACUCGUCAAAAGCUGCAAAGAGCUUGCAAAAAUGCCAGUUCCGAAGUGUCCCAGGCCCGGCAGAGCUGUGAGCCCCUGGCCAGGGAGCCCUGCCAGAAACCUCUAUCAAGAAAACACCUUGCAGAGAAACCGCCUGCCCUGGAGAAACAUCACUGCUUGAGCUGAGACUUGUGGCCCUGCUUUCUGUAUACGAAUGUCCUCUGUGCUGGGCUGAUGUAGAUACCACCCAACUUCCUAUCUUGCUAAUGACUGCAGCUGUCAUGAACAAAUCUUUGUAUGAUAGAAAACUCUGUAGAUUUUAUUUUUCUACUGACACUUCUAAUCCUGGUGGUGAUUAUCAGUAAAUUAUGUAAUGAUUGAGGUGAA